AUGCAGCCUUUGUUUGACACAUCCGGUUGGUCUUUACCGAAGAAUAUAGUUGUUAAACAACAAAAUGAAGUAAAGAAGUCGAACAAUAAACCUGCUGUAACUAAGACUGCAACAGAAGGAGGAGAAGAAAAGGCAAAGUCCGCUAAUGUUAGUAUAGAAGCUGAUCAGUUACAAGCUCAAAUGGCCAGCUUAAAACAGACCAGGCUGGAAGUAAAGAACAAUAAAAAGAGACAGCUGGCUGAGAAAGAAAAGAAUAAUAAGCAAAAGCAAUCCAAGAAACAAAAACGAGAUAAUACACCACAAGAACGUCAGCAGAAGCAGAAGGGUGAACAAGGAAAAAAACCAAAAGAAAGUAAAAAUGAGCCUCUGAAGCAGCAGGGCCAACAAAAUCCAGUGGAGGAUAAGAAUAAGAAAAAGAAUAAACAAAAGCGCCAAAAAUUGAAAGAGUUAUUGGAUAAGUCGAAGCAAGCUAGUAGUACUGAAGUUAAGCCUUCUGUCCCUGUCAAAGCAACAUCAGCAACUGCUCAUAAGAAUGCCUCAACACCUUCAACCUCUGAUGACGGGCUUACACCCUUACAACGUAAAAUGAAAGAAAAACUAUCGGGAGCACGUUUCCGUUGGUUGAACGAACAAUUAUAUACCAAUCCCGGCAAUGAAUCUUUUAGUUUAUUCCAAGAAAAGCCUGAAUUAUUCGACGAAUAUCAUGAAGGUUUCCGUCAUCAAGUAGAAUCAUGGCCUGUUAAUCCAGUUGAUGUUAUUGUUGAACAAUUGAAACAGUUACCCAAGAAGAACACUGUCAUUGCAGAUUUAGGUUGUGGCGAUGCUAUGAUUGCUCAAACUUUGACGAAACAGCACUAUAAGGUGUUGAGUUUUGAUUUGAUUGCCAAGAAUGACUUUGUUACAGCUUGCGAUAUUUCCAAUCUGCCAUUAAAAGCCAACGCAGUGGACGUUGCAGUAUUCUCUUUGUCGUUAAUGGGUACGAAUUACUUGGAUUUCUUAAAAGAGGCCUAUCGCAUUUUGAAACCUGGUGGCGAAUUGAAGAUUGCUGAAGUAGUGAGUCGAUUUACAGAUUUGGACGCAUUCAUCAAACUGUUAGAAUCUCUUGGAUUUCAAUUUAUGGGACAGGACGAUGAUAAUAAAAUGUUUAUUAUGUUAUAUUUUAAAAAGCAACAAUCUUCCUCUGGUAACGGUGGUAUGAAGAAGGACAAAAAGAAGAAUAUGAAUGCUGGAAACGAUGAUAAACUACAAUGGAAAGCACAAAACUUGUUGAAGCCUUGUUUAUAUAAAAGACGUUGA